AAGAGCAACGUUAUUGCAUUUCUUGUUUACUCUCCGAAUAAAUCAGAUGUUAUUGAGUAAUUACGUAACUUGUUAGUGUCUCCUGUUUUGAACGAUACAGAAGCAGGGCUACAGCAAUGAGAGAAUGUAUCAGCAUUCACGUUGGACAAGCUGGAGUCCAAAUUGGUAACGCUUGUUGGGAGCUCUAUUGUCUUGAACAUGGUAUUCAGCCAAAUGGUCAGGUAUCAUUUGAAGAGUCUUCUGGUGCUAAUGAUUCGUCUAGCACGUUCUUUCAUGAGUUAGGCUCUGGAAAACGUGUCCCCAGAGCCACAUUUAUUGAUUUAGAACCCUCAGUUGUUGAUCAAGUACGCGUUGGAAAAUACAGCCGCUUAUUUCACCCGGAUCAACUCAUCAGUGGUAAAGAGGACGCAGCCAAUAAUUAUGCCAGGGGUCACUAUACUAUUGGCAAGGAAAUCGCUGAUUUGGUUUGUGACCAAAUUCAUAAACUAACUGAACAAUGCUCUAGCCUCCAAGGCUUCUUGAUUUUUCAUAGCUUCGGUGGCGGCACUGGUUCUGGUUUUACAUCUCUAUUAAUAGAGCGUCUGAGUAUUCACUUUGGUAAAAAGACAAAGCUCCAAUUUUCAGUCUACCCAGCACCACGAAUUUCUACAGCUGUAGUAGAACCGUACAAUUCCGUCUUGACCUCUCAUAGCACUCUAGAGCAUUGUGAUUGCGCUUUUAUGGUCGACAAUGAAGCAAUUUAUGAUAUCUGUAAAAAGUAUUUAGGCGUUGGGUAUCCAACAUAUAUGAACCUUAAUCGUCCCAUUGCUCAAGUAGUGAGUUCUAUUACUGCUUCUCUAAGGUUUUAUGGGUCCCUUAAUGUUGAUUUAAACGAGUUUCAAACCAACCUGGUACCUUAUCCACGUAUUCAUUUCCCAUUGAUUACGUAUGCACCAAUACUAUCUGUUGAGAAAGCGUUCCAUGAACAGUUAAUCGUUUCUGAAAUAACAAACGCGUGCUUUGAAACCGGUAAUCAGAUGGUUAAAUGUGACCCUCAUCGUGGAAAAUACAUGGCUUGCUGUCUGUUGUACCGAGGCGAUGUGGUCUCGAAAGAUGUUAACGCUGCUAUUGCAGCAAUUAAGAAGAAAAAAUCCAUCAAGUUUGUGGAUUGGUGCCCAACAGGGUUUAAAGUUGGUAUCAAUUACCAACCCCCGACCGUUGUCCCUGGAGGAGAUAUGGCCAAGGUCCAACGGGCCGUGUGUAUGCUGAGCAAUACGACAGCUAUUGCUGAAGCUUGGGCCCGUCUGAAUUAUAAAUUUGACUUGAUGUAUGCCAAGCGAGCUUUUAUUCAUUGGUAUGUUAGUGAAGGUAUGGAGGAAGGUGAGUUUUCGGAAGCGCGCGAAGAUAUGGCUGCGCUGGAGAAAGAUUACGAAGAAAUUGCUAUUGACACAGCGGAAACAGAAGAUGAGGUCGAAGAAUAUUGAAUAUUAUAUAUAAAACUUUAUUGCAAAUCGAUUGAGAUGUAUAUUAUACACAUGUGAAUGUGUUGCUCCACUAUUAAACUAACGAAUCAUUUUGAGAUAUUAAAAUCGCAUUGUUUUCCUGUUUUAUGUUGCAUAUUCGAAAUAAAGACAUUUUUAAAACUUUUUUCGAAUUUAUUUGAAACAUUAGCAAGACAUAAGAAUUUUUUUUUUUUUUUUUUUUUUUUUUUCGUAUCUAAUUCAUGAAACGUUUUGUAUCAGAAGCAGUCGCAUGCCUUAUAGAUAAAAUUUAGAUUUAGGGGACAUUUUCUGUUAGGAAAUGUUAAUUAUUUUUGGUACAACAACACCAGGUUUAAGGGGUGGGGUAAAUCAAUUAAGUCAACUCCAGUAGCCCAACUACUACUGAUGUUAUAAACCGUGAACGGCGAAUUCGUUCUCAGGUGAAUUUGAACUCUGAGCGUAAAGGACGAAAUGCAGGCUAGCGAUUCUGCCGCAUCACUACGUUUUUUAAUGCCAACAACGACAAUGCCCCUACAAUUAUGUAUUUCCCUCACAGCAAAAGUUACGAAGUGUAUCGUAAGCAGCUUUUGAAAUAUCCGUUGAUCCUUUGUUAGAUUAAUGUUUAGCGAAGCUAUGUAUGUUGCAUUUCAUGUUUGAUAUUCAGAAAACUCUUUCGAAAAUAAUCGGCCAUUUCUCGUUACAGACAAAGGAAAUCAUGAAAUUAGAAUGAAAAUAUGUUUUGUUACCAAUAAAGUUAAACUGAGUUUUAAGGGUAUUAAUGAUAUAUAUCCGCUCUCAUGCCUGUAUUUUGCACAACAGAAAAGCUACCUAAUUUAAUUACUGAA